AUGGAUGGCGGCGUGGUGGCUGUGCAGGUGGUUUCUGAAUCAGAGUCGGAUCCUGAAGAAGAGGGCGACCUCGUCUCACGCGGCCACAGGCGCGCCGCGCCGCGCCGCGCCGCGCCGCGCCGCACCGCUUGCUCGCGCCAGAGGCGCCGCGCACGCGCGCGAUCCGAGCCCCAGCCAGGGCUGCGCUGCGUGCUCGCGGCGCAGCCCUUGCUGCUGGAGGCGGCCACUGGCCCCGCCUCUGCUUACCUCAAGCCGUACCAGCUGGUGGGCAUCAACUUCCUGCUCCUGCUCUACAGGCAGAAGGUCGGCGGCGCGAUCCUGGCGGACGAGAUGGGGCUGGGCAAGACGGCGCAGGCCAUCUGCUUCUUGGGGGUGCUGUCGGACUGGGAAAAUGACAGGGGGCCCCACCUGGUGUGUGCGCCGGCGUCGCUGCUGGACAACUGGGCGCGCGAGAUCGGCCACUGGUGCCCAAACCUGCGGGUCCUGACCUACCACGGCAACAGCAGGGAGGAGACGCGCGGCCGCCUGGAGGCAUGGCGUAUCAAGGUGGCUGAGGCGCUGGACCGCGGUGACCUGAAGCAGCCGCCCCCCGGCUACAUCCGCCCCGGGGACGAGGCCUUCAACGACCCGCUGGAGCGCCGCGGCCGCGGCGGCGGCGGCGACGACGACGACGAGGAGGAGGGCAGCAGCGGCAGCGACACCGUCAGCGAGGAGGAGCCUGACGGCGUGGCGGUGGCCGCCUACCUGUCCAAAACCAAGGAGCUGCUGGAUGAGGACGAGCACAACAUAGCCACCGGCCAGGGCGCGUUCGACGUCAUGCUGACGACAUACUCCAUGUUUGAGCGCGAGAGCCAGAGGCACACGUGA